CCAGCUGGUGAGUGGCAGGCAGGCAGCACUUGUUUACUGGCGCACACUCGGAGACACAACCGCCAGCUCCAGCUCGGAACUUUUUACGCAACCAUUUCAAAAAGAAAAAAAAGACUAUCCCCGGGGUUUCGGACUCGGUCGCCGGCAGAGCACGCACACGCAGCACCGUGGACGUUUAACGCGUGGGUUCCUUUUUUUUUUUUUUUUGCGCACGUUUCACACCGAAGGCGGGUUUGUUUUGGAUUAGCUCGCUAGCUUUAGCAUCCCCCCCCGCCCCCCGUCUUUUUUCCCUCCUUCGUCUUUCUUCCGUGGGCUAAUUAAUCUACACGCCACAUUCUUUACCUUCCACGGGGAAGGAAACACACGGAGCUCCGAACUUUGUCCACCUUCCCCCCCUCUCCUUUUUUCUGCGUGCUUCCGUCUGGAGCUUUUUUUUUUUUUAUGAGUUGGCGGCGUGGUGCUGCCUGGGGAGGGGUGAAGGAGUUCAUGUGAGUGCAGGGAAGAAAAGCUCCACGUUUUUUUGUUUUGUUUUUGUUUUGUUUAGGAACCCUCCAAAGAUAUCUUCUGACACGCGUGGACACUUUCGGACUACUCGUGGACGCUGACUGCCGUCUUCACUUAUGGAAAAUGAACAUUCCCGUGGAGGACCACCGGGUGUAGUGGCCCCAGUUUGCCCUUCAAGUGGCCGGGAACGACGUACCAUUUCCGGGGAAGAUCCUUCCAUCGCCGCCGAACGAUAAUCGUUCAAAAAACACUUGAAAAUGAGACUCAAACUCGGGGCACAACUUGGGCUUUUUCUGCUCAUUUGGAGCUGCCAGCAUGGACUUACCAAGGGAGAAAUUUGCCAGAGCAAAGACAUCCGCAACAAUGUGACCAACCUGCAGUCGCUGGAGAACUGCACCAUCAUCGAGGGACACCUCAAGAUCCUGCUCAUGUUCAAGACCAAGACCGAGGACUUCCGGGGCCUCAGCUUUCCCAAGUUGCGAGUGGUGACCGACUACAUGCUGCUAUUCCGGGUCUACGGCCUGGACUCCCUCACAGACCUCUUCCCCAACCUGACGGUGGUCCGCGGCAACAACCUCUUCUUCAACUACGCCCUGGUCAUCUACGAGAUGCUGCAGCUGAAGGACGUGGGCCUUCACAACCUCAUGAACAUCACCCGGGGGGCGGUGAGGAUCGAGAAGAACCCGGACCUCUGCUACCUGGCCACCCUGGACUGGUCCAAGAUCCUGGACACGGUGGAGGACAACUACAUCGUGGAGAACAAGAACGACCGGGAGUGCGGCGACGUGUGUCCCGGCACGGCCCAGGGCCAGACCAUCUGCCCGCAGAACACCAUCAACGGACACUUCCGAGGACGCUGCUGGUCCCAGAACCACUGCCAGAGAAUGUGCCUGGACCGCUGCAAGCAUUGCGCGUGCAACCUCCAGGGCCAGUGCUGCCACGACCAGUGCUUGGGCGGCUGCUCCGAGCCGGGUAACGCCAGCAGCUGCGUGGCCUGCAGGAACCUUCAGCACGCCAGCAGCUGCGUGGAGAAGUGUCCCCCUGGGUACUACGUCUUCAGGGGGUGGCGCUGCGUCAGCUUCUCCUUCUGCCAGGCGCUCCACAACCAAUGUAAGGAGACCAAGAGGCUGGACCAAGGCCGGGAGUCUGGUUGCCAUGAAUACGUCAUCCACAACGGCGCCUGUAUUCCUGAGUGUCCUUCUGGAUUUACCACUAUAAACUCCUCCAUGUUGACGUGCUCGCCGUGUGCCGGACUCUGUCCCAAGCUGUGCGUGGGGAAUAAAACCAUCGACUCCGUGACGUCGGCCCAGGCUCUGAGAGGAUGCACCGUCCUGCACGGCAACCUCAUGGUCAAGAUCCGAGGAGGCAACAACAUUGCAGCUGAGCUGGAGACGAGUCUGGGUCAACUGGAGGAGAUUACGGGUUACCUGACAGUCCGCAGAGCGUACGCCCUGGUGUCUCUCUCCUUCCUGCGCAAGCUGCGUGUCAUCAGAGGAGAACACCUGGAGGGAGACAUCUACGCCUUCUACGCCCUGGACAACCAGAACCUGCGUGAGCUGUGGGACUGGUCCAAGCACAACCUGACCAUCCAGCGGGGCCGCACCUUCUUCCACUACAACUCCAAGCUCUGCAUGUCGGAGAUCCGCAAAAUGGAGGAGUUGACGGGGAGCAAAGCGCGCAAUCAGAAGAACGACAUCGCCGCACGCACCAACGGCGAUCAAGCCUCCUGUGAAACCAAGUUGCUGAAGUUCACUUACAUCAAAGCGGGGCCGAACAAGAUUAUAGUGAAGUGGGAGCCAUUUUGGCCCUUGGAUUUCAGAGACCUGCUGGGAUUUAUGGUUCUCUACAAAGAAGCGCCGUACAAGAACGUGACGGAGUUUGACGGCCAGGAUGCGUGCGGUUCUAACAGCUGGGUGAUCGCCGAUGUGGACCCGCCGGCCCGCGUCACCGACAACAAGGAGCAGCACGAGCCGGGCCACCUGAUCCGACCCCUCAAGCCCUGGACCCAGUACGCCAUCAUGGUCAAGACCCAGCUGUCAGCGUCGGACGAGCAUCAGGUCCAGGGCGCCAAGAGUGAGAUCAUCUACGUGCGCACCGACGCCUCCAAGCCCUCCGUGCCCCUGGACCCCAUCUCCUCGUCCAACUCCUCCUCCCAAAUCAUCCUCAAGUGGAAGCCGCCCACCAACCCCAACGGCAACAUCACGCACUACCGGGUCGUCUACCGCAAGCAGCCCGAGGACAGCGACCUGUACAAGUUCGACUACUGCCUGCAAGGAAUGAAACUGCCGUCCCGGACCCCGACCCACUUGGACAGCGAGGACGAGCAGAAGUGGAACCACACGGACGAGCCCAACAUAGGCGGCAAGUGCUGUGCCUGUCCCAAAACCGACGUGCAGCUGAAGAAGGAGCAGGAGGAGAUCGAGUACCGCAAGACCUUCGAGAACUACCUGCACAACGAAGUCUUCGAGAGCAGACCGUCACGUAGAAGACGUUCAGUGGGAGUCGCCAACGCCACAGAAUUGCCCUUCCUGCUUCCCACCAUCUUCCCAGACGACGCCAACGCCACCAAAGCCGCGCCCAAAGACGAGGACGAGGUGGAGCUGAAUGUCUUCUCCAAAGAGUCGACGGUGGUCUCCAACCUGCAGCACUUCACCAGCUACAAGAUCCAGAUCAAGGCCUGCAACCAUCCCACGGACCAGAAGCGCUGCAGCAUGGCCGCCUACAUCAGCGCCAGGACCAUGCCUGAAGAGAAAGCGGACGACAUCCCGGGCCCGGUGAGGCACGAGAUCAUGAACGGCGAGCCGGCCUCCGUGUUCAUCAAGUGGAGGGCGCCACCCUCGCCCAACGGCCUCAUCAUCCUGUACGAGGUCUUCUACAGGAAGGUGGGAGAGACCGAGGUUCACACGGCCUGCGUGUCUCGACCCGCCUACCUCAAGUCUGGCGGCACAAAGCUAUCGCUCGUCCACCCCGGGAACUACAGCGUGUCAGUCCGUGCCACCUCCUUGGCGGGGAACGGCUCUUUCACGGAGACCACCCACUUCCUCAUGCCCAACAAGGACCCUGGCUACCUGGGGGUGGUCAUUGGCCCCGUCAUCUGCUUCAUCCUGCUCUUAGUCGUGGGCGCUGGGGUCUUCAUGGGCUUCAGGAAGAAGCAAGCAGAGGGACCGACUGGACCUCUUAUCGCCUCCUCCAAUCCUGAGUACCUCAGCGCCAAUGAAGCCUACGUUCCAGACGAGUGGGAGGUCCCCCGGGAGAAGAUCGAGUUGCUCCGAGAGCUGGGUCAAGGCUCCUUCGGCAUGGUCUACGAAGGAAUCGCCAAGGACAUCGUCAAAGGCGACCCGGAGACCAGCGUGGCCGUCAAGACAGUCAACGAAUCGGCCAGCCUGCGAGAGAGGAUCGAGUUCCUCAACGAGGCUUCCGUCAUGAAGGGCUUUAGCUGCCACCAUGUGGUGCGCCUUCUAGGUGUGGUGUCCAAGAGUCAGCCCACCCUGGUCGUGAUGGAGCUGAUGACGCACGGCGACCUAAAGAGUUACCUGCGAGGCCUCAGGCCAGAUUCAGAGAACAACCCGACUGGCCGCCCUCCGCCCACCCUUAAGGAGAUGAUCCAGAUGGCUGCAGAGAUUGCAGACGGCAUGGCCUACCUCAACGCCAAGAAGUUUGUGCACAGAGACCUGGCGGCCAGGAACUGCAUGGUGGCCGAGGACUUCACCGUCAAGAUUGGCGACUUCGGUAUGACGCGGGACAUCUACGAGACUGACUACUACAGGAAAGGAGGCAAAGGUUUGCUUCCUGUCAGGUGGAUGGCUCCAGAGUCGCUCAAGGACGGAGUCUUCACUGCCCACUCGGACUGCUGGUCGUUUGGCGUGGUGCUGUGGGAGAUCAGCACGCUAGCGGAGCAGCCUUACCAGGGCUUGUCCAACGAGCAGGUCCUGAAGUUCGUCAUGGACGGGGGCUACCUGGACCGCCCCGACAACUGUCCCGAGAGGAUGCACGGCCUCAUGCAGAUGUGCUGGCAGUACAACCCCAAGAUGCGGCCCAUGUUCCACGAGAUCAUCGAGAUGCUGCGGGAGGACCUGCACCCGUCCUUCCAGGAGGUCUCCUUCUUCUUCAGCGAGGAGAACAAGGUCCACGAGACGGAGGACUUCGACCUGGACCUGGACAACAUGGAGAGCAUCCCCCUGGACCCGUCCUCCUACUCGCAGCGAGAGGAGAGCCUGGGCAGGGACAGCGGGCCCUCGGUGGCCCUCAGGGGGAACUACGAGGAGCGCGUGCCCUACACGCACAUGAACGGCGGCAAGAAAAAUGGACGCAUCUUAUCCUUGCCCAGGUCCAGCCCUUCCUAACGUUUCCCGGGAGACCACGUAGAACCGGGGCCAGGACCUCAAGCAUCCUUCUUCUCUCCUUUCUUCUCCACCCACGCGGAUCUCAGGACUCGGACUUCUCUUCCUCCUGACUGCCAAGCAAAGGGAUGCAGGCGGAUCUUCUCCGGCAUCCUGGGGGGUGUCUCCAGGACUCUGGGCAAGGCUGGAGGUCUCACACACACACACACACACACACAAACACGUAUUUCUGAACUUCUGGGGACCUGUGAAAAAUGCCUCCCUCUUUAGGACCAGCCUUUCCAUAAUUCCAGCCAUAAUUUUACUCGACAAAAGUUGCAAUUUUAUAAGAAAACUUAUACAAGAAAACUUGUACGCUCAUUAAAACCAAUCAAAAAUCCUGACUUUGGAGCAAUGUUCACGGACUGUAGUAUUCGGCUCUCUAUUAGAUACAACGGUUGGCACCCCAAUUUAUGUCCUCACUUGCUCACCGGUUCUCACAUGGAAGGUACUCUUCAUUGUUGAUGUCUCAAGAACGGUAGAAAUACAAGAACACACACACACACCCCCAAACACACACACACACACCUAUUUCUGAACUUCUGGAGACCUGUGAAAAAUGCCUCCCUCUUUAGGACCAGCCUUUCCAUAAUUCCAGCCAUUAUUUUACUCGACAAAAGUUGCAAUUUUAUAAGAAAACUUAUACAAGAAAACUUGUACGCUCAUUAAAUCAAUCAAAAAUCCUGACUUUGGAGCAAUGUUCACGGACUCUAGUAUUUGGCUCUCUAUUAAAUACAACGGUUGGCACCCCAAUUUAUGUCCUCACUUGCUCACCGGUUCUCACAUGGACGUUACUUUUCAUUGUUGAUGUCUCAAGAACGGUAGAAAUACAAGAACACACACACACACACCCAAACACACACACACACACGUAUUUCUGAACUUCUGGAGACCUGUGAAAAAUGCCUCCCUCUUUAGGACCAGCCUUUCCAUAAUUCCAGCCAUUAUUUUACUCGACAAAAGUUGCAAUUUUAUAAGAAAACUUAUGCAACAAAACUUGUACGCUCAUUAAAUCAAUCAAAAAUCCCGACUUUGGAUCAAUGUUCACGGACUGUAGUAUUCGGCUCUCUAUUAGAUACAACGGUUGGCACCCCAAUUUAUGUCCUCACUUGCUCACCGGUUCUCACAUGGAAGGUACUUUUCAUUGUUGAUGUCUCAAGAAUGGUAGAAAUAGAACAACACACACACCCAAACACACACACACACUUAUUUCUGAACUUCUGGAGACCUGUGAAAAAUGCCUCCCUCUUUAGGACCACCCUUUCUAGAUAUAUAAAGAAGUGUAUUUACAACAUGAAUAAUAUAUACGUACUAUACAAAUAUAAAAAAAGCUUGUUUGAAUUCCACAAGAAAAAGGUCACAAUUUCACAAGAAAAACUUAAAAUUUUGGUGGUAUUAUAAUAAAAGUCGUCAUUUUGCUCGACGCGAGUCAAAAUUUUACAAGAAGAACUGAACAUGUGUGCAAUAUUACGAUAAAAGUAAAAUUUUACUCAAUAACCGUCGCAAUUUUACAAGAAAUGUUUAAAAUGUGGACAAUUUUAUACAAAGAGUCGUAGUUUUACUCGACAAAAGUCGCAAUUUUAUAAGAAAACUUACACAUUUUGGCUAUAUUAUCAUAGUAAUAAUCGUAAUUUCUUUUGACAAAAGUCAUGAUUUUACUGUAGAAGCUAAGUGUUAUUAGCCGCUAUAGUCUUAGUAGCGUAGUGUAUUUUUUCAUCCUAUGGUCAUAUAUGGCUUCUCUUAAGUCAGCACCAGAAGUUGUAAAAUCAGCCGUUCACCUGGUGGGGUUUUUGGGGGGAUGAAUAGGGAAGUCAUUCUAUAGCUUCUUUUAUCAUGUAUUGCUGCCUUCCAACGUUUAUUUUUGUACGCAUAUUAAAUCAACCAAACAUCCUGACUUUGGAGCAAUGUUCACGGACUCUAGUAUUUGGCUCUCUAUUAGAUGCAACAGUGUUCGGUAUUGACACCAUGAUUUAUGUACUCACUUGUUCACCGGUCCUCACAUGGAAGGUACUUUUCAUGAUGAUUUGAUGUCUCAAGAAGAGUAGAAAUGCAAGAACACACACACACACCCAAACACACACACACGUAUUUCCGACCUUCUGGAGACCUGUGAAAAAUGCCUCCCUCUUUAGGACCACCCUUUCUAGAUAUAUAAAGAUGUGUAUCUACAACAUUAAUAAUAUAUACAUAAUGUGCAAAUAUAAAAAAGCUUGUUGUAAAAAAUGAGUUGGAAUUUUGCAAGGAAAAAGGUCACAAUUUCACAAGAAAAACUUAAAAUUUGGGCAAUUUCACACAAAGAGUCGUAAAUUUACUCGACAAAAGUCACAAUUUUAUAAGAAAACUUUUACAAGAAAACUUGUACGCUCAUUAAAUCAAUCAAAAAUUCUGACUUUGGAGCAAUGUUCACGGACUCUAGUAUUUGGCUCUCUAUUAGAUGCAACGGUUUUCUGUAUUGACACCAUGAUUUAUGUCCUCACAUGGAAGGUACUUUUCCUUGUUGGUGUCUCAAGAAAGGCGGAAGUACAACAACACGCACACACACACACACACGCGUGUAUUUCGGACAUUCUUGAGACCUGUGAAAAAUGCCUACCUCUUUAGGACCACCCUUUCUAGAUUUAUAAAGAAGUGUAUUUACAACAUUAAUAAAUUAAUACAUACUAUUUAAAUAUAAAAAUGCUUGUUGUGAAAAAUUUGUUGCAAUUUCGCAAGAAAAAAGUGACAAUUUCACAAGAAAAACUUAAAUUUUGGGCAAUUUUACACAAAGAGUCGUAAUUUUACUCGACAAAAGUCACUAUUUUAUAAGAAAACUUAUACAGGAAAACUUGUACGCACAUUAAAUCAACCAAAAAUCCUGACUUUGGAGCAAUGUUCACGGACUCUAGUAUUUCGCUCUCUGUUAGAUACAACGGUUGGCACCAUGAUUUAUGUCCUCACUUGUUCACCGGUCCUCACAUGGAAGGUACUUUUCCUCGUCGGUGUCUCAAGUAGGGCGGAAAUACAACAACACACACACACACACACACUCUUGUAUUCCUGAACUUCUGGAGACCUGUGAAAAAUGCCUAUCUCUUUUGGACCACCCUUUCUAGAAUCAGUUGGAAUUUCACAAGAAAAACAUAAAAUUUGGGCAAUUUCAUACAAAGAGUCGUAAUUUUACUUGACAAGUCACAAUUUUAUAAGAAUACUUUUACAAGAUAACUUUAACACACAUUAAAUCAACCAAAAAUCCCGACUUUGGAGCAAUGUUAACGGACUCUAGUAUUUGGCUCUCGAUUAGAUGCAACGGUUGGCACCAUGAUUUAUGUCCUCACUUGUUCACCGGUCUUCACAUGGAAGGUACUUUUCCUCGUCAGUGUCUGGAGAAGUUCGGAAAUACAAACACACACACACCCAAACAGACACACACACACACACACACACACUUGUAUUUCUGAACUUCUGGAGACCUGUAAAAAAUGCCUCCCUCUUUAGGACCACCCUUUCUAGAUAUAUAAAGAUGUGUAUUUACAACAUUAAUAAUAUACAUACUAUGUAAAUAUAAAAAUGCUUGUUGUGAAAAAUCAGUUGGAAUUUCACAAGAAAAACUUAAAAUUUGGCCAAUUUCAUACAAAGAGUCGUAAUUUUACUCGACAAAAGUCACAAUUUUAUAAGAAAACGUACACAAGAAAACUUGUACGCAGAUUAAAUCAACCAAAAAUCCCGACUUUGGAGCAAUGUUCACGGACUCUAGUAUUUGGCUCUUGGGGCCAUGAUUUAUGUCCUCACUUGUUCACCGGUUUUCACAUGGAAGGUACUUUUCCCCGUUGGUGUCUCGAGAAGGUCGGAAAUACAACACACACACACACAUAUUUCUGAACUUCUGGAGACCUGUAAAAAAUGCCUCCCUCUUUAGGACGACCCUUUCUAGAUAUAUAAAGAUGUGUAUUUAGAACAUUAAUAAUAUACACAUACUAUGUAAAUAUAAAAAUGCUUGUUGUGAAAAAUCAGUUGAAAUUUCACAAGAAAAACUUAAAAUUUGGCCAAUUUCAUACAAAGAGUCGUAAUUUUACUCGACAAAAGUCCCAAUUUUAUAAGAAAACGUGCACAAGAAAACUUGUACGCACAUUAAAUCAACCAAAAAUCCCAACUUUGGAGCAAUGUUCACGGACUCUAGUAUUUGGCUCUGGGGGCCAUGAUUUAUGUCCUCACUUGUUUCCCGGUCCUCACAUGGAAGGUACUUUUCCUCGUCGGUGUCUCGAGAAGGUCGGAAAUACAACACACACACACACACACACACACACACACUUGUAUUUCUGAACUUCUGGAGACCUGUGAAAAAUGCCUCCCUCUUUAGGACCACCCUUUCUAGAUAUAUAAAGAUGUGUAUUUACAACAUUAAUAAUAUACACAUAUCAUGUAAAUAAAAAAUGCUUGUUGUGAAAAAUCAGUUGGAAUUUCACAAGAAAAACUUAAAAUUUGCCCAAUUUCAUACAAAGAGUCGUAAUUUUACUUUGACAAAAGUCACAAUUUUAUAAGAAAACGUACACAAGAAAACUUGUACGCACAUUAAAUCAAACAAAAAUCCCGACUUUGGAGCAAUGUUCACGGACUCUAGUAUUUGGCUCUUGGGGCCAUGAUUUAUGUCCUCACUUGUUCACCGGUCCUCACAUGGAAGGUACUUUUCCUCGUUGGUGUCUCAAGAAGGUCGGAAAUACAACACACACACACACAUAUUUCUGAACUUCUGGAGACCUGUAAAAAAUGCCUCCCUCUUUAGGACCACCCUUUGUAGAUAUAUAAAGAUGUGUAUUUAGAACAUUAAUAAUAUACACAUACUAUGUAAAUAUAAAAAUGCUUGUUGUGAAAAAUCAGUUGGAAUUUCACAAGAAAAACUUAAAAUUUGGGCAAUUUCAUACAAAGAGUCGUAAUUUUACUCGACAUAAGUCACAAUUUUAUAAGAAAACGUACACAAGAAAACUUGUACGCACAUUAAAUCAAACAAAAAUCCCGACUUUGGAGCAAUGUUCACGGACUCUAGUAUUUGGCUCUGGGGGCCAUGAUUUAUGUCCUCACAUGGAAGGUACUUUUCCUCGUCGGUGUCUCGAGAAGGUCGGAAAUACAACAACACACACACAAACACACACCAAGAACUGUGAACACGACAAACCUUAGACAACCACGAGGCUGCUUCUGUUCUUCAAAAAAGGCGGCACUCCCGUCCUCUCGCUUUUCUCCCCCGGACUUUGUUGCCAGACGGUGGCCUUUUCGACGAGUGGCCUCUAAAGAAAAAGCGCUUUGGGGAAGAAUCCAUGGUAGAACAAAAAUAUGAGGAACAUCUAGUCUUUUCUUUUUGUUGUUGUUCUUAUUAUUAUUCCUUUUAUUCCAGAAGAUAUUCGUGGGGUGAAUAGUUUUAAUUUAUUUGAUGCUUGAUUUCUCUCUUUUCUUCCGCGUCCUCCCUUGUGCGGCUGAAGGAUAUUUAAAGAGUUGUCAUUGGACAAGGAGUUCCUCGGACUGACCAAUAGCUGCUGCUUUCUUACAUUGGACUCGCCCUAGAAAGCUAAGAAGUAAACAUGGAAUAUUGCUAGCAGCUGCCAACAUUUGACAUGUAUAAUAUAUCAUCUUCUUCUACGUAUUUCUUAGUAUCUACCUUUAUGUUUUUGACACUUUUCUUCUCCUUCAAAUGUUUUUAUUUUUCUAGCCCCGCCCACCUUUUUACCUGGUACAGGUGUUCAGAAUCACAAAAAAGAGGAAUGGGGUCUUGAUGAAGGUCUGAGGUUGUUGCUAUGGCGACCGUCUUCCAGCAGGUGGCGGCAUCCUUCCAUCGUUUAGUCCGCCUGGGGUUACAUGGUGGUGAUCUACAAUAGCCUUGUUCUUGCCCGGGGUCUGAGGUGCGGCUCGGGACCUGGUCGUUCUGGACUUGCACCUGAUGGAUCUCGUGGGUCACUGUAACGUUUGAAGGUGCGCAGCUAGCGACACAUGCUAAUUCACGACACAAGCUAACUAGCGACACAUGCCAGCUAGUGACACGUGCUAACUAGCGACACAUGCUAAUUCACGACACAUGCUAACUAGCGUAACAUGCUAACUAGCGUAACAUGCUAAAUAGCGACACAUUCUAAAUAGCGACACACGCUAAUUCGUGACACAUGCUAACUAGCGACACACACUAAUUCGUGACACAUGCUAGCUAGCGACACAUGCCAGCUAGUGACACAUGUUAACUAGCGACACAUACCAGCUAGGGACACAUGCUAAUCAAGCGACACAUGCUAAUUCACGACACAUGCUAACUAGCGUAACAUGCUAACUAGCGUAACAUGCUAAAUAGCGACACACGCUAAUUCGUGACACAUGCUAACUAGUGACACACGCUAAUUUGCGACACAUGCUAGCUAGCAACACAUGCUAACUAGCGACACAUGCCAGUUAGUGACACAUGCUAACUAGCGACACAUGCCAGUUAGCGACACAUGCUAGCUAGUGACACAUGCUAACUAGCGACACAUUCUAACGAGAGACACAUGCUAACUAGCAACACAUUCUAACGAGAGACACAUGUUAACUAGUGACACAUGCUAACUAGAGACACAUGCUAACUAGCGACACAAGCUAAUUCAUGACACAUGCUAGCUAGCAACACAUGCUAACUAGCGACACAUGCUAGCUAGUGAGACAUGCUAGCUAGCGACACAUUCUAAUGAGACACACAUGUUAACUAGUGACACAUGCUAACUAGCGACACAUUCUAACGAGAGACACAUGUUAACUAGUGACACAUGCUAACUAGAGACACAUGCUAACCAGUGACAUGCUGGCUAGUGAGACAUGCUAACUAGCGACACAUUCUAACGAGAUACACGUUAACUAGUGACACAUGCUAACUAGACACACAUGCUAACUAAAGACACGUGUUAACAAGUGACACAUGCUAAUUAGCAACACAUGCUAGCUAGUGACAUAUGCUAACUAGCGACACAUGCUAACUAAAGACACAUGUUAAAUUGUGACAUACUAACUACCAACACAUGCUAACUAGCGACACAUGCUAGUUCACGACCCAGGCUAACAAGCGACACAUGCUAAUUAGGGACACAUGCUGAUUAGCGACACAUGCUAACUGCUGCCGCACUCCACUGUCUCCUCUCGGAUGAAAGGUGUCUAACAUUUAUCACAUGCUGACAGGUAAAUAAGGGAGGCCCUCAUUCUCAUCCACCUAUGUGCAGCUGCCCUCAGUCUCUUAUUGGAUACAUGUAGGCCAUAAUGUAGCUGAAUUGCAUGUUGACAAGGACAUAAAGGACACCUGGUUCUCCUCAACUUUACUGCCGCUGCCCUCAGUCUCUUUUAGGAUAAAUGUACAUCUAACUGUAGCACAUAGUCACAUCCUGACUAUACAGGAGACCUGAAUUCUCAUCCACCAUGGUACCGCCGCCCUAAGUCUCCUAUUGGAUGACUGUAGUCCUCACUGUAGCUAAGUCAUAUGUCGACAAAUAUAGGAGAGUCUCAUUCUAAUCCACUUUACUGCAGCUGCCCUCAGUCUCCUAUUGGAUGAAUUUAGUCCUUACUAUAGCUGAAUCACAUGCUAACAAGGACAAAUAGGAUACCUGGUUCUCCUCAACUUUACUGCUGCUGCCCUCAGUCUCCUAUUGGGUAUGUGCCUGUUUUUACCCGAAUUCAUCCACCUUGGUACCGCCGCCCUCAGUCUCCUAUUGGAUAAAUGUAGUCCUUACUGUAGCUGAAUCACAUGUUGACAAAUGCACACAAGACACCCUGUUUCUCCUCAACUUUGCUGCAGCUCUCCUCAGUCUCCAGUUGGAUAGAAGUAAUCUAAUUACUGUAGCCAAUAGUCACGUGCAGACAACACAGCUGCCCUCAGUCUCCCAUUUGAUUAAAUAAUCUCAUUACUGUGGCCAAUAGUCAUACUGUAAGAAGUACUGCCCUCAGUCUCCUCUUUGGUGCAUGUAGUCCUUACGGCAGCUAAAUCCCAUGCUGACAAAUGCAUACAGGACUUGCCUGCAGCUGCCCCAAGUCUCAUAUUGGAUCAAAAAAAUAUAAUUAAUGUAGCCAUUAGUUAUGUUGCCACAACAAAGGAGGCCCUUAUUCUCCUCCACUUUACUGUAGCCGUCCUCAGUCUCCUGUUGGGUAUUUACUUCUUUCUGUAGCCAAUAGUCACUUGCUGACAAUACAGGAGACCCUCAUUCUCCUCCGCUAUGGUACAAUUUUUCCCCCAGUCUCCUAUUGGAUAAAAUGAUCUCAUUACUGGGGCCAUUACUCACACUGCCAGAGUACACCUUGGUUGUCCUCCACUUUACUGCAGUUGCCCUCAGUCUCCUGUUGGAUAAAUGUACUUCUUCACAUGCUGACAAUACAGGAGAACCUCACUCUCCUCCACUCUGGUGCAGCUGCCCUCAGUCUCUUCUUAGAUAUAUGUAGUCCUUAAUGUAGCUAAAUCUACAAUAAACAAAUAUUGCAGCUGCCCCAAGUCUCAUACUGGAUCAAAAAAACUCAUUAAUGUAGCUAUUAGUUAUGUGCAGACAAUAAAGGAGGCCCUUAUUCUCCUCCACUUUACUGUAGCCGUCCUCAGUCUCCUGUAUUGCUGACAAUACAGGAGACCCUCAUUCUCCUCCGCUAUGGUACAAUUUUCCCCCCAGUCUCCUAUUGGAUAAAAUGAUCUCAUUAAGGGGCCAUUAGUCACACUGCCAGAGUACACUUUAAUUGUCCUCCACUUUACUGCAGUUGCCCUCAGUCUCCUGUUGGAUAAAUAUACCUCUUCACGUGCUGACAAUACAGGAGAACCUCACUCUCCUCCUCUCUGGUGCAGCUGCCCUCAGUCUCCUCUUAGAUAUAUGUAGUCCUUAAUGUAGCUAAAUCUACAAUAAACAAAUAUUGCAGCUGCCCCAAGUCUCAUACUGGAUCAAAAAAAUCUCAUUAAUGUAGCUAUUAGUUACAUGCAGACAAUAAAGGAGGCCCUUAUUCUCCUCCACUUUACUGUAGCCGUCCUCAGUCUCCUGUAUUGCUGACAAUACAGGAGACCCUCAUUCUCCUGCGCUAUGGUACACUUUUUUCCCCCAGUCUCCUAUUGGAUAAAAUGAUCUCAUUACUGGGGCAAUUAGUCACACUACCAAAGUACACCUAGGUUGUCCUCCACUUUGCUGCAGUUGCCCUCAGUCUCCUGUUGGAUAAAUGUACCUCUUCACGUGCUGACAACACAGGAGAACCUCACUCUCCUCCUCUCUGGUGCAGCUGCCCUCAGUCCUUAAUUUAGCUAAAUCUACAAUUAACAAAUGCUACAGAGGCCCCAAGUGUCCUACCGGAUAACAUAAAUCUCGCUAAUGUAGCUAUUGCGUGUAGGCAGUACAGGAGACCCAAGUUCUCGUCCACUUUGCUCUAGGUGCCCUCAGUCUCCUCUUGGAUAAACUCCACCUCAUUACUGUGGCCGAUAGUACCACUGUAGAACGUACACACAGGACACCCGCCAUCUCCUCCACUCUGCCCUCAGUCUCCUCUUGGAUAAAAUGGGUGUCCACACAAUGGCCAGCAGUCUGACACUGUAAUGGAAAAUAACACACUCCUUGUCCGCUGCCCUCAGUCUCCUAUAUGGAGACUAUAUGCUAUAGUAUCAUACAUAAUACUACAGUAUAAUACAUUUUAGUACUAUAGUAUAAUACAUAAUACUAUAUAAAAUAGUAUCAUUAUUUGUAGUAGUACUAGUAUACAUAAUGAUGCUAUUUUAUGCAUAAUACUAUAGUAUCAUGUAUAAUACUAAAGUAUUAUGUAUUGUACUACAAUACUUCUAUCUUGCCCUCAUUCCUCUUUUCACAAACCUAUUUGCUGGCAGAGACUAUGGACAAAAGUAUUGGGACACUCCUUCAAGCUGAGGUGUGUAGAAUGUGACAUAUGUUGAUUAGUAGUAUUAUUUGUAGUAUUUUUAAUAAUCUUAUUUUAAUCAAUAAUAAUAUUAUCUGUAUGUUUUUUAAAUUAUUUAAUAUUAUUAAAAUAAUAUUAAAUAAUUGAAUAAAUAACUUAUUUAUAGGGAAAUUUAUAUUUAUAUACAUUUAUAUAUUUAUAUUUUUUGAUAUAAAUGUAUGUUUACUCAUUCAUAUUUAAUAAAAAAAUAACAUUAAUAUUAUUAAUGUUAUUUAAUAUUAUUAAAUAUUUUUUUAAUAAUAUUUUUUCUCAAUAAAAAUAUUAUUUUUAAUAUUAUUAUUAUUUUUAAAAUGUUAUUAUUGUUGGUCCUAAAAACAAAAACAUCAUCAGACACCAAACUGGCGAGAACAUCAAAGUAAAAGUUGGACGCCACCAAAAAAACAACUUUAUAAUUUGGUGUUUUGUGUAAAACGGGAUUAGAAUAAUAAUAAUAAUCAGUGGGCCCUCAGUCUCUUCUUGGAUAAAAUGCACCUAACUCUUGCAAGCACGUCUUUGGGUGUCCCAACACUUUUGUCCUGCUCUCAUCUUGUCUUUGUCCUUCUCUGCUGGCACUAAGAUAAGAUAAGAUAAGGCACCAAGACCGAGGACAAUCGUUCGUGACAAAAUGGGAGCCCCGCCCCCUUUGCCCUUCCUCUGUUGGAGACAAUCAGGAAGUUGCCCCCCCUCCCCUGUCAAAAAUCAGUGCCUUGCUCACCUGCAGACAGAACCUACUCAAACACUCAGAUGACUCCAAAUAUGAAAUCAAAGAUUGUUAUUCUGGGGCGAUGCUGACUUUGUACCAAAAUAAAACUUUGGUGUUUGUUCAGUUUUGCUUUAUGCCUGAAAACAAACAAACAAACAAACUAGGACAUCAUUUAAAUGUUUAUUUUAUUACAUUUAUUACAAGUCUACCCCAGAAAGCAAACGUGAAAGAUUUCAGGGCGAAGUUCCCCGGAAUAAAAUCUGAUCCGACGCCAAAAAUUCAUCGCACGUUUUGUUGGCGGCGGCACAACAAAAAGAAAGAAAAAGAGGUGGCUCACGUGGAAGGUUGCAAAGUGGAAACACAUUUACUUGAUUUGGGAAAUAAAAAUAAUGCUGAUUUUUAUCAACCAAAAAAUCAUUUAUUGAAGAACCAUUUUUGUUUCACUAAAUAUUAAUAUUUUUAUUAAUUCGUCUUUUACAUAUUUAUUUAAAAUGAAUUACAACGUCUGCUUGUAUUUUAUAUAUUUUCUUAAAUCUUUGACCAUUGCUUUAUUGAAAUAUUCAUCAAUUAUUUUAUGAUCAAUUCAUGAUUCAGUCUUCUAAUAUUAAACUUCCUUCUGCAGAAUUCAAAACUGAUAUGAUUUUUUAAAAUAUGAUUUAAAAAAAUAUAUUUUUUACUAUAACAUAAAUGAAAAGUAUAAAUACUUUUUUGUUUUUUGUGCCACUAUUGACUUAUUUUAAACUUAAAAACAAACAAAUGAGAUCUUUUCCCUGUAUACAUCCCGUUAGUGUAUCAAAUAAAAUAAAAUAUUUCCCUAAAAUCUGAAUAUUUUCUGGCAUAGAAUAAAACUCAAAAAUGUCUUCUUUUUUUUUGGGGACAAAAUGUGAAUUUUUGUAGAUUUCAAAAAAAAAGUUUCGAUGUAAACAAUAGCUGCCUUUGCAACCCUCAUCGUGCAAAUGGAGGACACAACAUGAAUUAAAAAGUCUGUAUAUGUUCUAUAUAUUUUCUUAAAUCUUUAACCAUUGAUUUAUUGAAAUAUUUAUCAAUUAUUUUAUGAUAAAUUCAUGAUUUAGUCUUCUAAUAUUAAACUUCAUUCUGCAGAAUUUCAAACAAAUACGUCUUUUUUUUUUUUUACAACAACAUCAAUGAAAUGUAUAAGUAUUGUGUUUUUUAUGAAUUUGUUUUAUCGAUUUUAAAUUACUUAGUAACUGUAUCCUCCAAAAUCUGAUGCAUUUUUUUGGUGCCACCAUUGACUUAUUUUAAACGUAAACAAAUGAAAUGUGUUCACUGUAUACAUCCCGCAAGUGUAUCAAAUAAAAUAAAACAUUUCCCUAAAAUCUGAAUAUUUUCUGGCCUAGAAAAAAACUCCAAAAUGUUUUUUUUUUGGACAAAAUUGUAAUUUUUGUAGAUUUUUAAAAGAAAAGUUUCGAUGUAAACAAUAGCUGCCUUUGCAACCCUCAUCGAGCCAAUGGAGGACACAACAUGAAUUAAAAAGUCUGCAUAUGUUCUAUAUAUUUUUAAUUCAUGAUUCAGUCUUCUAUUAAACUUCCUUCUGCAGAAUUAAAAACAAUUAUUCUUUUUGAAAUAUGAUUUAAAAUUAAAAAAAAAAUUAUUAUAACAUGAAUGAAUUGUAUACAUUUUGUAAAUCUGAUGUAAUUGUGGUUUCUAGGAAUUUGUUUCAUUGAUUUUAAAUUACUUCGUAAUUUAAUUGUCCAAAAUCGGACGCAUGUUUUGUGCCACUAUUUCAAACUUAAAUGAAUCGUGUUCACUGUAUGCAUCCCGCAAGUGUAUCAAAUAAAAUAAAUAAUUUCUCUAAAAUCUGAAUAUUUUCUGGCAUAAAAUAAAACUCAAAAAUGUCCAUUUUUUUUUUCCGACAAAAUGUGAAUUUUUGUAGAUUUAAAAGAAAAGUUUCGAUGUAAACAAUAGCUGCCUUUGCAACCCUCAUCGAGCCAAUGAGGACACAACAUGAAUUAAAAAGUCUGCAUAUGUUCUAUAUAUUUUCUUAAUUCUUUAACCAUUGAUUUAUUGAAAUAUUUAUCAAUUAUUUAUGAUAAAUUCAUGAUUCAGUCUUCUAAUAUUAAACUUCAUUCUGCAGAAUUUAAAACAAAUAUGGUUUUUAAAAUAUGAUUUAAAAUACGUCUUUUUUUUUACAACAUGAAUAACAUUUAUAAGUAUUGUGUUUUUUUAUGAAUUUGUUUUAUUGAUUUAAAUUACUUAGUAAUUGUAUCCUCUGAUGCAAAAUCUGAUGCAUUUUUUUGGUGCCACCAUUGACUUCUUUUAAACCUAAACAAAUGAUAUUUUUCACUGUAUACAUCCCGCAAGUGUAUCAAAUAAAAUAAAACAUUUCCCUAAAAUCUGAAUAUUUUCUGGCAUAAAAUAAAACUCAAAAACGUCAAAAAUUUUUUGGACAAAAUGUCAAUUUUUGUAGAUUUAAAAGAAAAGUUUCGAUGUAAACAAUAGCUGCCUUUGCAACCAAUGAGGACACAACAUGAAUGAAAAAGUCUGCAUAUGUUCUAUAUAUUUUUAAUUCAUGAUUCAGUCUUCUAAUAUUAAACUUCCUUCUGCAGAAUUAAAAACAAAAAUUAUUUUUGAAAUAUGAUUUAAAAUACAUAUUUUUUUUACUAUAACAUGAAUGAAUUGUAUAAAUACUUUUUGUAAAUCUGACAUAAUUGUGGUUUCUAGGAAUUUGUUUCAUUGAUUUUAAAUUACUUAGUAAUUUAAUUCUCCAAAAUCGGACGCAUGUUUUGUGCCACUAUUUUACACUUAAAUUAAUUGUGUUCACUGUAUACAUCCCGCAAGUGUAUCAAAUAAAAUAAAACAUUUCCCUAAAAUCUGAAUAUUUUCUGGCAUAAAAUAAAACUCAAAAAUGUCCUUUUUUUUUUUUUGACAAAAUGUGAAUUUUUGUAGAUUUAAAAGAAAAGUUUCGAUGUAAACAAUAGCUGCCUUUGCAACCCUCAUCGAGCCAAUGAGGACACAACAUGAAUUAAAAAGUCUGCAUGUGUUCUAUAUAUUUUCUUAAUUAUUUAACCAUUGAUUUAUUGAAAUAUUUAUCAAUUAUUUAUGAUAAAUUCAUGAUUCAGUCUUCUAAUAUUAAACUUCAUUCUGCAGAAUUUAAAACAAAUAUGCUUUUUUAAAUAUGAUCUAAAAUACGUCUUUUUUUGGUGCCACCAUUGACUUAUUUUAACCGUAAACAAAUGAAAUGUGUUCACUGUAUACAUCCCGCAAGUGUAUCAAAUAAAAUAAAACAUUUCCCUAAAAUCUGAAUAUUUUCUGGCAUAAAAUAAAACUCAAAAAUGUCCAUUUUUUUUUAGACAAAAUGUCCAUUUUUGUAGAUUUAAUAGAAAAGUUUCGAUGUAAACAAUAGCUGCCUUUGCAACCCUCAUCGUGCGAAUGGAGGACAAAAUAUUUCUUUGAGAUACUCAAUUGUUGGAAAAUCUUUCAGUGGAGCGGGCCCAAAAAAAAACCAAAACCCCAGUUUUCUUUCCUUACUGUAAACGUGUCCUACUUGUUGGUGAACGAUUAGCGUGUAUAUAACCUCAUUUAUCACUUCUUUCCCAGAUGGGAGGAUUUGUUUUUAUUCUCGUGGCGUCCACCUGUGGAAACACACAACGCGUUCUCACCUUUUUUUUAUUUUUUUUAUGACUGUUUUCACGCCACAAAUUCGUUUGUUUCGUCGACUUGGUGUCGUUUGAACGAAGCGCGGGCUUAAACCGGACGCCACCACCGAUGCCCCCCCCCGUCGGCCCGGAAGUAAAAGCGAGCGAGUCGUGUGGUGAAAUUGUGGCGGCAAGAAGAAGAAAGGUGUUUUUGUGUAGUAGUACGACUACUAGUACACACUGUGUCUCCUCCGUGCACAUAUACGCUCCUCUAUAGCGCCACCUGCCUGCAGGAUACCUCUUUUUAGGAUUGGCUCUCUUUGGGAAAUGUUUGUAUCGUGUCGCUUCAUCCUUCACACUGGAUCCAAAUGUGCCAUUAUCUUUAUUGUGUAUCGCACACACACACACACACACACACACCAUGCAUAUUGUACAGGAUCAAAGACAAAACAAAAGAUGUAAAAAAAAAAAAAAAAAAAAAAUACGUGCCAUGACGAAAUGAAACGCUUGACAAUUUAUUUUUUCUAUGUUUUCCGAGGAGAGCCAAGCGUGUACAGAAAAUGUUGCAAUGAUGAGAAAAAAAAGCAAUCUUGCUGUGUGUAAAUUAUUCAACAAUGAUGAACUGUUUAUAUUAAAAUGAUGAAUAAAAUGAUUGGAUGGA